CACCCACCACGAUGGCAAAGGUAGUGGCGAUGGAUUUGUUUGGCCCGAACGGUCAUGGGCACAUGCGAGCUGGCCGCCUUCAAUCAACCGGUCUCAUCUUGCCAACACUCCUUUAGCAAAGCUUUGCUACGUUGAACUGUUGUCUUACCACUCUACUUCACUGCACAUUAGUCUUAUAUCGACGCUUCGAUGCUUGCACGCGCAUCCAGCGAUGCCGGCACGCGUCUCCGCCGCUCCAAGUCCACCUCAACCGUGCAUCGACACGGUCCGCCUCUUGUCGAGCCUCUGGACCCGGACAUCGCACAACAUCACGCCAUCGUUGCUGCCACUGCAGCGUUUGCUCGAUCCCAUGCGCAUGCCGCCGUCGAGCGCAAAGCAACUCGAAGCAUCGAAAUCGGCAGAAGCAAGAGCACCGCAAGUCGCAAGACGCUCACUUCGCAAGGCAGCCAUUUUCCUCCGCGAGAGCUGAGUGUCCGGUCUGUGCCGGCACAAAAGAGUGUACAGACAAGUCGCUCCAACCGUUUCAGCGCCACAUCUGCCACAGAGAAGCUCCCCUCGUUCGAUCCGACGCCUCGUAGCGACAGACCGACGUCGGCGACACGUCCAUUGUCCGCACAACCUUCGAUCACCUUCAGCGAGUAUGCACGGCCCACUUCCCAACCAAAGUCACAUCGGCAGAGUGCUGCCUUAUCUAUCACCUCUCAGCAAAUCAGGAAAGCUCGAUCCAUGUACUACGCGAGCAGCGUCCAGACUGGUUCCCCAAUCGCACGGCCGCCUGCAAAGUAUUUGACGACUCCACCGUCUGUCAGCACCAGUCCUGCGCCAACGACUUAUGUGCCAACUCGAAGCACAGGUCCAUCCCCACUUGCUGAGCCCAGAGUGACCGCAGCUGUUGCUCUGGACGAAGCAGUCGAUACAGCCCGAGACAAAGUUCUGCAAGACUUCCAGCAGCAACAGCGGUCGAUCAAACACAAGCCCUCGCUCUUUUUGGCGCCCUUCAAGAAGAGGCAGGACAAGUCAAAGAACAAAGCCAAGCAUCUCCCAUCGAUUGCCACGUCGGUCCCGUCAACCAACUACUCGUUCGCGGAUGAUACUGUUCUGGAUAUCACUGUGAGCGACUUCAUGCCCCAGGUGGAAGCGAAGGACAGACGCUCCUUCUCUGGUUCGCUGAAGAGUAAGAUCAAGCGGGUCUUCAGACGAUCAUCAGCAAAGGCACCGAGUCUACCAGUUCAGCAAAUUGAAGCGAGUCGCGAGUACUUUAACGAUACGGCAAGGCAAUUGGCGGACGACCAUGGCGACAUACCCAGUCCUGAGGAGCAUCUGGUCCGGAGGGUGCGAUCCCGUACGCCAUCUUCUGACGGAGGUCGCACGCACCCAAUAAGAUCGGCUUCACGAAGCAGCAGCAAAGGCAGUGCUCCAAGUAUUCGCAGCCUCUACAGUGAAGCCAACGCCUCACAUGCAUCUACGUCACGGGUUACAAGCUGGGGUACCUCGACCUCAGGAGAGACGCUUACACAACGCGCUAUCAAACGUCUAACAGUUAUCCACGAAGCCAAAGACAGCAUUGGGAGUAUGACCGAUAGACCGUUGUCAGCGUCAACCAAGCGAAGAUCUCUGCCUUUACCCAGCCUUUCAGCUUUCAAAGACCCAAUGCACAUGGAAAGCCUUGUGGAAGAGUCAUCCACCCCGCCAGUCGACCCGAAACGCGUAUUCUCAGCAUUGAUGCGCGAAAUUGACGCAUCGAAAGUCGCCGGAGGCUCUACUGGUGAAAUUCGCACUCCGGGCACAGAGAGCGAUGUUUUCGAGUCCAGCAAGACCGAGGAAAUACACAGUAGUAAUCAAAAAUCUCUCUCGAGCGCCAUCAAGAGUUCAGAGCUACCCCACAGCGUCGGGCAGAGUUCGGCGACGCAUCGGCCAGCGAGUGUAGCAGCGCGAAGUGUCCAGUCUAAGAAAGGUUCUAUCAAAUCCUUUAGACAAGCCAUCAGACCUACGAUACGCACAGUCACACCAGCCGAGCACCUAUCACCGCCUCCCCCCGAUGAAAUCGGCACGGGACAGCCCGAUUCAGACACACCUUCAUCCGGUACUUCGUCAGGAUCUCGCGGUGACCACGCGAGCCGCGUAUCACUGUUCAAGCGCCUUCGUAUUCCCAAAAAAAAAAGUGCAGAUACCUCGAUUGAGACCGCGACACCAACAACAACGCAGAUCGAAAUGCGAGUUGCGAGGGCAAAGAACCGUUGGCAAACGCCUCUGAACGAGAGUUCGACCCCCCAGUUCCCACGUGAGACGGAUCGACUAUAUACUGUGCUCGACUUCUUCCAGCAGCAGUCAACUGAUCGAGUCACUGCCGCCGUUGAACGACCCCCCCCUCCAAAAUCACCACCGGCGCAGCUGUCGAAUUCAAUGCAGACACCCAUGUCUCCCAGUAUCUAUUCCCGAAAUACUGAUGGGGCCAGCAUACUUCCCAAUGACAGUGUGGUGUCUUUCAAUAGUCCCUAUGAGUUCGAUCGUGGACAUCAAGGUGGCUCAGCGGUGAUCUUGACCAGCCAGUCAGUACGCAGCUAUGUCAUCGGUACUCCCUCUCCAAACCGACCGAGUUCCACACGUUCAAGUCGCGACUGGAAAGCAUGGUUGUCACAUGAGGUGUCUGGGAUUGAGACAGCAAGCCAGGAAGAUAUCACGAUACAUCAACAGUAUGCCACACCAUCAGAGAAGGACGAGCAUGCUUUGAAUCAGACCAUCCGCACCUCACAUACUGGUUCCGAAGAUACAACGGUCAUUGUGCGCGAGUCCUUCGAGACGUCGACGCCUCGAGCAGAACCAGAGAGCACCAUUGUCCUCGGUCCAGAUCGGCAAAUUGCCAAACCCGUCUCCCAAGCCUGCCCAGAUCACAUCAAAGCCGUGCCAGAGUGUGAUCAUGUUGUUGCAGAUAAACCCAAGAAACUGCCAUUGCAACACAACCCAAUCAAAGGGCACUUGUCGACUGCUCCAGUCUCGACUCCUGUCGCCCGCAGAGAUCGUUCAGCAUCAACGCCGAGUAGCUCAUCCGGCCCAACUCAACAGCUGCUUGGCACGGCCUCCUCUGCACGCAUGAAUGAACGUUUUCCGUUUCUCGACACUGGGAAACGCUCGAGUAGCAACAACUCCAGUCGUUCACGCCUGUCCAAGUCGCCGACUAGCAGUGUGGGAUCAUCGUCAAAGAACCCUGAGGCAGCGCCUGGGCCGGAGAACGUAUACUCCGAUGUCUUUAUUUCUGUCUCCAGCUCGACCACCACCGAUGUUCCAGGUACUGCUCCAAGGAGAGCUGAAACCUAUCAGAACAGUAAAGAGAACAUGACACCAACAUCUAAUGCGGGCCCGAAAAGACCACACAUCUCACCUCUCGGACUUGUCCAGCGGCCGAAGUCACUGCAGCCACUUUCGUUUGCAGCCCUGAACAGAAGUCCAACCAAUAUAGCGCACCUGUCAAGUAACGCAGCAGAUACAAGUCAGCCGAGGUGUGCGCCCAGCCCAGCCGAGACGGUUAUUGCCCGUCCUGGCCUGCGUGUCACAAUUCGGCCAUCGUCACCCGAGAAGCUAUCACGUCGAGCUAGGAGCGCGUUUGACCUACGUCAAACCCCUUCCCCGCGUCCAGCGUCAGAACUUCGACGCCCUGCACUGCAGUCUAAAGCUUCCUCGCGCUUACUGGCCGAAAACGAACGGUCAAGAACAGACAAAGAGACAUCAGGCGAUGGUCUGCACGACGUCAAUCAGCGAGAGGGUAGCGUAACACCUGGUCAGCGUAUGGCUGAGCGCUUUCUGAAGGAGCGGAAGAGCGCCACCGUACUUGAGCGAGGAACCAGGAAGAGCACAGGCAAACUUGUCAGGGAGGAUACGCCUGCAUUCCUUUGAUGUCCCGACAUACUUCAAAGUUUACAUAUAUACAAGACGGAAAGCUGGUCGCCAGUAGCAGGCUGUCAAAGCCUGAAUGUUUUACAAGAAUUUGAUUAGACACGCGACUUUCAUGAUUAGCUUUUUUACCAAAGAGAAUCUCAUGGAAUGGCCUCCACUUCCAAGAUCUUCUGUGCCUACAAAUGUUCAUCUAAAUGGCAACUCACUACCCG